GACGCGCAUCAGACAGAGAAAGCCGCGACGCCCCAGAGCACCGGCGAGGGAGCACCCCGCUGCCGUGCGCGCGCCGGCCGGCCUUCCAUUCCACCACCUCAUGCUCCACAAAUCUUUAUUGGUUUCCACGUUGGCCCCUCGCCGUCUCCAACCAUCGCGCCCCGGCCGCCGCGCGCCGCACUCCGCUUCUCGCUCCAGUCGCGUCGCAGCUAGCUCUAUAUAAGCGCCACGUACUCGCCAGAGCUUGAGCACAGCCACGUACCGGCUUCCGGCGGUGAGGGAAGCUAAGAGGACACCGAGAGUGCGAAGCGGUGACAUGGCGGAGGCGGAGUUGAAGCCCUCGGCGAUGCAGGUGGAGGCUGCCGAGGCGGCGUCCAAGCCGCGGUUCAGGAUGCCGGUGGACUCCGACAACAAGGCCACCGAGUUCUGGCUCUUCUCCUUGGCGAGGCCGCACAUGAGCGCCUUCCACCUCUCGUGGUUCUCCUUCUUCUGCUGCUUCCUCUCCACCUUCGCGGCGCCGCCGCUGCUCCCGCUCAUCCGUGACACGCUCGGGCUCACGGCCACGGACAUCGGCAACGCCGGGAUCGCCUCCGUGUCCGGCGCGGUCUUCGCGCGUGUCGCCAUGGGCACGGCGUGCGACCUGGUGGGGCCCCGCCUGGCGUCCGCGGCCAUCAUACUCCUCACCACGCCCGCCGUGUACUGCUCCGCCAUCAUCGACUCGCCGUCGUCCUUCCUGCUCGUGCGCUUCUUCACGGGAUUCUCGCUGGCGUCCUUCGUGUCCACGCAGUUCUGGAUGAGCUCCAUGUUCUCGCCGCCCAAGGUGGGUCUCGCCAACGGCGUCGCCGGCGGGUGGGGCAACCUCGGCGGCGGCGCCGUGCAGCUCAUCAUGCCGCUCGUGUACGAGGCCAUCCGCAAGAUCGGGAGCACGCCGUUCACGGCGUGGCGCGUCGCCUUCUUCAUCCCGGGCCUUCUGCAGACGCUGUCGGCCAUCGCCGUGCUGGCGUUCGGCCAGGACAUGCCCGACGGCAACUACCGGAAGCUGCACAAGUCCGGCGACAUGCACAAGGACAGCUUCGGCAACGUGCUCCGCCACGCCGUCACCAACUACCGCGCCUGGGUCCUGGCGCUCACCUACGGCUACUGCUUCGGCGUGGAGCUCGCCGUGGACAACAUCAUCGCGCAGUACUUCUACGACCGCUUCGGCGUCAAGCUCAGCACCGCCGGCUUCAUCGCCGCCAGCUUCGGGAUGGCCAACAUCAUCUCCCGCCCCGGCGGCGGCCUCAUGUCGGACUGGCUCUCCACCCGGUUCGGCAUGCGCGGCAGGCUGUGGGGCCUGUGGGUGGUGCAGACCAUCGGGGGCGUCCUCUGCGUGGUGCUCGGCGCCGUCGACUACUCCUUCGCCGCGUCCGUGGCCGUCAUGAUACUCUUCUCCCUCUUCGUGCAGGCGGCCUGCGGGCUCACCUUUGGCAUCGUGCCGUUCGUCUCCCGGAGGUCGCUGGGGCUCAUCUCCGGCAUGACCGGCGGCGGCGGCAACGUGGGCGCCGUGCUCACGCAGCUCAUCUUCUUCCACGGAUCCAAGUACAAGACGGAGACGGGGAUCAAGUACAUGGGGCUCAUGAUCAUCGCGUGCACGCUGCCCAUCGCGCUCAUCUACUUCCCGCAGUGGGGCGGCAUGUUCGUCGGGCCGCAGCCCGGGGCGACGGCGGAGGACUACUACAACAGGGAGUGGACGGCGCACGAGCGCGAGAAGGGCUUCAACGCCGGCAGCGUACGCUUUGCGGAGAACAGCGUGCGGGAGGGAGGGCGGUCAGGCAGCCAGUCCAAGCACACAGUCCCCGUCGAGUCCUCGCCGGCCGACGUGUGAAACACACACGUGCGUACGGUACUGCCCGUAUAUAUAAUCAAAGGUCCCGCGUCAGCAGAUCAUAUGUACUGUUCCUGAAUCGUGGUGUUUUUGGUGUUUAUUGUGCAUCCGUGUGGUAACUUCUGUGUGAUGGGGAAGCCGGUGGUGAAUUUCAGCAAAGUCAAAGUGAUAUUACUAUAAGGGAUUGUUCAUUUUGCUAGGUGGUUUCAUUUUUUUCUGAAAUAUAUAAAGCAACUUCAUUCA